GUGCCAGUGUGGGGUGGGCGCUGCCAGGGGAAGCGGGAGGAUAGCGAGUUCGAGUCCCGCUUCCGCGAGCUUCAAUUAGGUGCUGCUUCCCCGGGCUGUUGCAGUCCGCUCCGGGGCGAGUGGAGCUCCGGACGGGCCUCUGUUUUCCUUCUCUUCUUCGUUUGUUUCCUUGAGCCGAGGCCGCGGUGUUCUUAGUGGGGCGCCAGCCCACAGGGACAGAGUUUGCCAGGAGUUUGUGAGGACUUUGGGCCCCGGCGCCGCCGCCAUGCCCGUCUUCCACACGCGCACUAUCGAGAGCAUUCUGGAGCCGGUGGCCCAGCAGAUCUCCCACCUGGUCAUCAUGCACGAGGAGGGGGAGGUGGACGGCAAGGCCAUUCCGGACCUCACCUCCCCCGUGUCGGCCGUGCAGGCCGCUGUCAGCAACCUGGUGCGGGUUGGAAAAGAGACUGUGCAGACAACAGAAGACCAAAUCUUGAAAAGGGAUAUGCCACCAGCGUUUAUCAAAGUGGAGAAUGCCUGCACCAAACUUGUUCGGGCAGCCCAGAUGCUACAAGCAGAUCCUUAUUCAGUGCCAGCUCGUGACUAUCUAAUUGAUGGAUCAAGAGGCAUCCUUUCUGGAACGUCAGACUUGCUUCUGACAUUUGAUGAAGCAGAGGUCCGUAAAAUCAUCCGUGUCUGCAAAGGAAUAUUGGAAUAUCUGACUGUGGCGGAAGUAGUAGAGACAAUGGAGGAUUUGGUGACUUACACAAAGAAUCUAGGGCCAGGAAUGACAAAGAUGGCCAAAAUGAUUGAUGAGAGACAACAGGAAUUAACUCAUCAGGAACACAGAGUUAUGCUGGUAAAUUCCAUGAAUACCGUGAAAGAGCUAUUGCCAGUACUUAUUUCAGCUAUGAAGAUUUUUGUAACCACAAAAAAUUCUAAAAGUCAGGGAAUAGAAGAGGCCUUGAAAAAUCGCAAUUUCACUGUAGAGAAAAUGAGUGCCGAGAUAAAUGAAAUAAUCCGUGUAUUACAACUCACUUCCUGGGAUGAAGAUGCUUGGGCGAGCAAGGACACUGAAGCCAUGAAAAGAGCUUUAGCCUUAAUAGACUCAAAGAUGAAUCAGGCAAAAGGCUGGCUGAGAGAUCCAAAUGCACCUCCAGGGGAUGCUGGUGAGCAAGCAAUAAGGCAGAUCCUUGAUGAAGCUGGAAAAGCAGGAGAACUGUGUGCAGGCAAAGAACGCAGAGAGAUUCUGGGAACAUGCAAAACUCUGGGCCAGAUGACGGAUCAGCUGGCUGACCUUCGAGCAAGAGGCCAGGGUGCUACACCCAUGGCUAUGCAGAAAGCACAGCAGGUGUCACAAGGUCUGGAUUUGCUCACUGCGAAAGUGGAGAAUGCAGCCCGCAAACUGGAGGCCAUGACAAACUCUAAGCAGGCAAUUGCUAAGAAGAUUGAUGCUGCUCAGAACUGGCUUGCAGAUCCCAAUGGGGGCAAUGAAGGAGAAGAACAUAUUCGGGGAAUUAUGGCUGAAGCAAGGAAAGUUGCAGAAUUAUGUGAGGAGCCUAAAGAAAGAGAUGAUAUCCUUCGUUCCUUGGGUGAAAUCUCUGCUUUGACAGCCAAGCUGUCAGAUCUGCGACGACAUGGGAAAGGUGACUCUCCUGAGGCCCGUGCAUUGGCUAAGCAAAUAGCUACAUCACUUCAGAAUUUACAAUCCAAAACAAACAGGGCUGUAGCAAAUACUAGGCCAGUUAAAGCAGCUGUCCAUUUGGAGGGCAAGAUUGAGCAAGCUCAAAGGUGGAUAGACAAUCCUACAGUUGCUGAUCGGGGAGUAGGCCAGGCAGCAAUUCGGGGUCUGGUGGCAGAAGGUCGUCGUUUAGCCAAUGUCAUGAUGGGACCUUACCGUCAAGACCUGCUUGCCAAAUGUGACCGUGUAGACCAGCUGGCUGCUCAGCUAGCUGACCUCGCAGCUAGAGGAGAGGGAGAAUCUCCUCAGGCCAGGGCAAUUGCUGCUCAGCUUCAGGACUCGCUGAAGGAUCUGAAAACACGGAUGCAAGAGGCAAUGACCCAGGAGGUUUCUGACAUUUUUAGUGACACCACAACUCCUAUUAAAUUGUUAGCAGUAGCGGCCACUGCUCCCUCUGAUGCUCCCAAUAGAGAUGAGGUGUUUGAUGAAAGAGCUGCAAACUUUGAAAACCACGCUGCUAGGCUGGGAGCUACAGCAGAAAAAGCAGCUGCAGUUGGAACUGCCAACAAAACUACUGUGGAGGGCAUUCAGGCAACAGUGAAAUCUGCAAGGGAACUUACCCCUCAGGUAGUAUCAGCUGCUCGUAUCCUCCUGAGAAAUCCUGGAAAUCAAGCUGCUUAUGAACACUUUGAGACUAUGAAAAACCAGUGGAUUGAUAAUGUAGAAAAAAUGACAGGGUUGGUGGAUGAAGCCAUUGAUACUAAAUCUCUGUUGGAUGCGUCAGAAGAGGCUAUUAAGAAAGACCUUGAUAAAUGUAAAGUUGCAAUGGCCAACAUUCAACCUCAGAUGCUGGUAGCUGGUGCCACCAGCAUUGCUAGGCGAGCAAACCGCAUCCUCCUGGUAGCAAAAAGAGAGGUUGAAAAUUCAGAAGAUCCUAAAUUCCGGGAGGCUGUUAAAGCAGCUUCUGAUGAGUUAAGCAGAACUAUAUCACCGAUGGUAAUGGAUGCUAAAGCUGUGGCAGGAAACAUUUCUGAUCCUGGUUUGCAGAAGAGUUUCUUGGAUUCUGGAUACAGAAUUCUGGGAGCUGUGGCCAAAGUCAGAGAAGCCUUCCAGCCUCGGGAACCAGAUUUUCCCCCUCCUCCUCCUGACCUGGAGCAUCUUCGUCUGACUGAUGAGCUUGCUCCUCCAAAACCACCACUGCCAGAAGGUGAGGUUCCCCCGCCCAGACCACCACCACCUGAAGAAAAGGAUGAAGAGUUCCCAGAGCAGAAAGCAGGAGAAGCUAUUAAUCAGCCCAUGAUGAUGGCUGCUAGGCAGUUGCAUGAUGAAGCCCGGAAAUGGUCUAGCAAGCCUGUGACUGUGAUUAAUGAAGCGGCUGAGGCUGGUGUAGAUAUAGAUGAGGAGGAUGAUGCAGAUGUUGAAUUCACUCUCCCCUCUGACAUUGAAGAUGAUUACGAGCCUGAGCUGCUGCUAAUGCCAACCAAUCAGCCCGUUAACCAGCCCAUUCUGGCUGCUGCUCAGUCUCUGCAUCGGGAAGCAACCAAGUGGUCUAGUAAGGGUAAUGACAUCAUUGCUGCUGCUAAACGAAUGGCACUCCUAAUGGCAGAGAUGUCGCGCCUGGUGAGAGGAGGCAGUGGAAACAAGCGCGCCCUCAUUCAGUGUGCGAAGGACAUUGCUAAGGCCUCAGAUGAAGUCACUCGGUUAGCCAAAGAGGUGGCAAAGCAGUGCACUGACAAGCGCAUUAGAACAAACCUCUUGCAGGUCUGUGAGCGAAUCCCAACCAUCAGUACACAACUGAAAAUUCUCUCCACUGUCAAAGCUACCAUGCUGGGCAGAACUAACAUCAGCGAUGAAGAGUCGGAACAGGCAACUGAGAUGCUGGUUCAUAACGCCCAGAAUCUCAUGCAGUCUGUGAAGGAAACUGUGAGAGAAGCUGAAGCAGCAUCCAUUAAGAUAAGAACAGAUGCUGGAUUCACUCUUCGCUGGGUCAGAAAGACCCCCUGGUAUCAGUAGACACUUGCCACAUAGGUAUUAUUUUGUGUAACUUAAAAUGCCUUUUUUUUUUCUUGGAAACAGAAGAGAUGUAUUAACAGCAAGAGGUGCUGUAUACCUGAGCUUAAGACUAGCUUAUGCUAAUGCCCCAUUCUAAGGGUAUGAAUUAGAAUGCAUUUCAAAUGUCUUUGGAACACAUUUGAUAUCCAACACCUCAUGGCUUCCGAUGGCAGACAGUUCGUAUCACCUGUUUUUUAUCAGUUUGCUUUUGAAGAUUCUCUUGAUGAAUUCUGUACUCCCAGAAGCACAUUUCAUUUAUGCACUGUAUACUCCAGUAGUUUCCAUGUGAUGAUAUAAAACAUGGACCUCACUUCAAGCUUG